GUCGCGCGUGCAGUUCAGAGGCACCGCUCGCGUCCACAGGGCCCGGCUGUCCACACGCCCCUAUCCUAUCCCGGCCCGGCCGCCGGUGGCUGCAGACAGCGGGCGCGUCCAGGUUAUAACGGAACCUCACAGCAGCGCCGCGGUGUUGUCGGAGCGUGUUGACGUGUGUGCGGCGGACCGACGGAGGCGGACACCGCCGCACAACUUAUUAUUGUGACUGGACUGCUGGCCGGUACCCGGGCCCGGAGACUCACACGGGUGGUGUUUUGAGGAGCGACAGGAGGCAACAUGGUGGACUACUAUAACGUCCUGGGGGUGUCCAGAACAGCCACACAGGAUGACAUCAAGAAGGCGUACAGAAAGUUGGCCUUGAAGUGGCAUCCUGACAAAAACCCAGACAACAAAGAGGAAGCAGAACGAAAGUUCAAGGAACUUGCAGAAGCAUAUGAAGUCCUGUCUGACAAGAGCAAACGUGAUGAAUAUGACAGAUUUGGAAAUGACAGAACACGGCAAACAGGAACCUCCAGGCCAGACUACUCGUCAGACUUCCCAGGAUUCACCUUCACAUUCCGCAGCCCAGAUGAGGUGUUCAAAGAGUUUUUUGGUGGACAGGAUCCCUUCAGUAACUUCUUUGAUGACUUCUCCUCGUUUGGAGGUUCAUCUCGUCUCGGCCCCAGUCGAUUCUUCUCUUUUCCUUCAACGGGAGUUGAGUUCAGCUCCUUCUCCUCUUCUCUGGGCGGUCUGGACGGGAUGGAGAGCAUGGGUGGAGGGAUGAGCAACUUUAAGUCAGUUUCUACGUCGACUCGCAUCAUCAAUGGAAAACGCACCACGACCAAAAAGAUAAAGGAGAAUGGUCAGGAAAGAACAGAAAUUGAGGAAGAUGGGGUGUUAAAGAGCAUCUUAAUUAAUGGCGUGGAGGAUGAAAUGGCCCUCGCUAUGGAGCUGAGCAGACGAGGAGGAAAAUCCAACCCAUCCCCUCAAAAGCGUCAAAAAAUCGAGAACAGGCACCUGGCAGAGCCCGACAGACCCCAGCGCUGCCAUUACCCUGCAGCCACGCACCGCUCUUUCAGCUCAGCCCCCUUCUGCAACUACAAGGUUGCAGGAGAAAGCGAGGAAGACGAGGACGACGAAGACCUGCAGAUGGCUUUGGCGUGCAGCCUGUCAGAAAUGGAAGCCCAGCAAAGAGCUGCUGCUCCCGACUUCAUAUCAGGUGCCGGGGGAGGGGGCAGAGCCAAGAAUGACAAAGCUAGGAGCCAUGGGUUUGUCACAGUCACAAAUGUGAAGGUGUCCAGUGGCGGGAGGGUUGUCGCAGAGGAAAAGAGUCAGUUUAAAAUGGGCUCGGGGGCCGGUGAUAACUGUGCAAAGGAGUCGGGCUCGUCUUCCGAGUCUCCCACGACUGCCAGCACUGCGCCCACUACACCACUGAGCCAGUCCAGUGACGACAGGUUGAAGCCUGCAGAGAAAGACAGCGAGGCCAGUGUGAAAAAGAAAAACAAGUGUGGGUGUACUGUGUGCUAAUAAGUGUCACAUAUAUUUGGGUUGCCUUAUUUUACUCACACUUCCUCAGUAUUUUGCCACCGACCAGCUCCUAACGUAAUGUGACCGCUCAUACCUUAUUUCAGAGCAGUGCCUCCACUGAUGAAGUGAAGUCUUACCAACCCUAAACAGCACUGGUUAUUAUCUCUUAACAAGGCUUUUUUUUUUUACUUAUUGGCAGUCAUGACUAAAAGACAAGAUUUUUGCCUUUUGAAAUUAUGCAAAUAACUGGGAACAAUUGUGGAUUUCUAUAAGUGAGGGCCAAUCAGGAUGAGUAGUUUUAGGUUAAUAAAAUAGAAAUCGAUUUUUGGUUUAUUCAGCCUUUACAGAGAUAGUCCUUAUAGAAACAGAAGUGUGUUUGUGUGUUUGUGUGUGUGUCUGUUUGGGUCAGUUGAUACCCUGCCAUAGAAUUUUCUCAUUCACACUCUCUGGUAAACAGAUUGUAUCAGAAAUGUGUUACACUCAUCACAGUCUGAAACAAUAGAUCACCAUCACAGAAUGGCCACGGAACAUUCUGUGGGCUUUUAGAAAAGCGGUGAUCAUCUCACCCAUACUCACACACUGCAGUUCACUAUAUUUACGUAGCAUCUCACCUGAAAUAAGCGUGAGUAAAAUUCUAAAAUACAUGUAGGCGUGUUAAGCUGAACUGAUCAAAAUCAAACUAACAAACCCAGAUAAUACAGUUAAAAGGCGAUUUCCUCCUGUGUGGACACAGGUCAGUCAGCAUGAAACAGGGGAAAGCGUUCGGUAUAUCUGGUAGAGCUUUGCAGCAUUUUAAAGGGUAAACUACUGUUGUGUUCUGUAACAGCAGAUGUCAGCUCGUCCCAUGUUCCAGUAAUGAACAUCUGAGAGAGUGAGAGGCAUCUCGCUGCCUGUCAUCACUAAAGGGACAUGAUUGAAACAAUAAAUAUAUUGCGCGCCCGUACACAGACACUGGCAGUGAAAUGCAGCAGGGAAACAAACUGACUUUUGAGUCUCAGUGGUCCAAACAGGGAACGCUGCAGACAUGUUGAGAAGCAUCAAGAGUUCAGACGUCAACUAAGGUGCAAUGUUUUAUAUUCUAAAUGAAGUCAUUAUUUUAUAUGUAGUUUAUAUUAACCCAACACUCAUGCUGUCAUCUUAAUGGUAUCUGUUUAUUAUGCUGCUGAGAUCUGAGUUUUCUAGCUCAUAAACUAGUGCCGAGACGGUCUGUGUUAAAAUAAUAUGACUUGGUCUAACAAAAUAUUAAAAUAUCAGGUGCCCAUUUGUGGUUAUUGUUGAUUGAUUUGUGGAUACCAAUGAUAAUAUCGAUAUAAAUGAACAUUUAAAAACGCUUAACCAGUAACGGCUACUAGUUAGUCCAGCUAACCUCGGUCUGUUCAGCAAGUUAGGAUAAAUAGUUUUUGACAGAACAUAAACCAGCUGUGCUGCCCUUGUUUCAGUCCUUUUGUGUGCUAAAAACAAGACUCUUAAAAUAGGUUUAUGUUGGGCUGCUGCAGUGAUGCUGAGAGCAGAGCUGAAGAAAAGCAAAUAUAGGCUGACUCCCUGUAAGAUGUCAAAAUGUCAGCAUUUAAAAAAAAACAAAUCCUGAAAGCCAAAUGUAGAAAGAUUCACACAUAACUGAGACAAGUUAUUGUCACAAUUUAAUGCACAGAAUAACAUUUAAUGAUGGGUUUGUCAGUAUAUGUUUACCUCCGAAUAAACAUAAAUCAGUAUUUGCCUUAAUGCACUUUUCCUGAAAUAGAGUUCCACUUGGUGAUCAGAUGGUGAAUUGUUAUCUGGACUCAGCACUUUAUCAGGAUGAACAGUAGAGUCAAGUGUAGAAUGACUAAAACGACUGAAGCAAUUACAAGUAAUUUCAAUCUUUCACAAAUAGUGCCUUAAAACAUCAGAAUGGUUCAUAUCCAUGCUGUACUUUAUUCACUUUAUAAAUAUGAACGUGCCAAAUUGCAUUAACAAGUACAUGUCGGUCAGUAAGGCUAGAGAUAACAGGCUGUUCUCUGUCGAAGCGGGAGCGCUUUGCUUAAUGAAUAUUGUGACUUUUUAAUUGUGAUGACUGUGAGACUGUCAGGAAAAAAAAGACAUAUUUUGGAAUGAAGAUGAGCUCCUUCAAACUAUUGUGCUCCACUUCUAGUGUUUUCUAAUUUAUUUCCAUGAAUGUGUGUGUCAGGUACUGCUGACAGUGAUGCUGAUCCCAGUUUACAAAUCACUAACAUUUUUCUGCUCACACAUGCAUUUGUACAGUCGUACAAACACAACAAAGCAAGAACAGAAUGCAAGUGUGUGUGUAUGUGUGUGUGUUUGUAAGAGAGAAAGCUCAGUGCUUCUGUUUAAAACCCAGUCUUGUCUUCUUGCGGACAUUUAAUAUAAAGUAUCUCAAGUUUUACCUUGAAACACUAAAAACUGCUUAAAUGUGAACGUUUUUGCAUCUGUUGAACCAGACUUGAUAGAAAUCUAAAAGCUUGUUAGUGUCACAACACGAAGACGCUGAUAAUAAUGUGCAUUUCAAACCGAGGAAAGUGUCAGAGGCAGUCUCUGCUCGUUUGGUUUAGUGCAGCUCAUCGGAUUAUUCAGUUGAUUUAUCGAGUGUCGAGUAGUUUUCGUGUGUUCUUUUUCAUCGCAUUACUUUUCCCUUUGUUUUCACGCUUUCAAAUGUGGCUCACGUCACGAUCAGAAAUGAGGCACAACCAUGACACUAUGUUUUUGAAGAAAUGGAACCAUGAUUGUUGUUAUGAAUGGGGGAUCAUUAAUUAUUUAUUCCUUUGCAAAGAGUUAUUCCUCUUAUCAGUGUGGAGUGGGAGUGAAGGUGACGAAGGCAGAUGUUUUUUUUAAUGUUUUUUUUAACUAAUUAAAGCCUGUAUCAGUUUUUGUGCAGUGAACUGCCGUGUGCUGCUGAUGUUUUUUUUUUUUAAUUAUCAUUUUUGAAAUUGUUCAAAGGGAAAUAAGCAAAUAAAGAUUUAGCUAAAAUAUUAUUUGAGAUAUUUGAUUUUUUUUGUAACAUGGUGCUAAAAGUUCUAUAUUUGCUACUAAUUCACACUGAAACAUUGGAUAAGUAUACUAGACUAGUACGGUUUCAUCUACAAACUGCGCUGAUCACUGGGAAGUUAAUUCCAUUAAAAAAAAUUGUGAGAAUUUUUUUUUUUUUUAACAUAACUUCAUACUAUUUUAAGGGGAGUGUGAUUUGCUGCGUGGAUGGGAUCAAUCAGCUGACAGACUGAAGCACAUCUAAUAAAUGUCUUAAAUCCAAGUCAAGCAGAGCUCUUAACUCCCACACAUCCACAGUAUCGGAUUAUACACAAGUUUCACAUUAAGAAGGAAAUUUGCUGCAUUACCUGUAUUGUUUUGUUCUGUUCUACAGCAAAUGGGUUGUGCUAAUGUAAUAAAUGAUUGUGUCUGCAGUGAAUGUGUCUUACACUCCUU